GUCUGUCAGAGUCAGGCGUCAGUCCAGUCAGGUCAGCUGCUCGUCCUUGUGUGGCGAGGGGCGAGGUGCGAAGCCGUCUCGCGGGCGCGGGUCAGCGAGGGCGAGCUCGUCCCCCGGAGGAGUACCAGGAGGCCAACGGGGACACGCGGGCCGACACGCAAUAGCCGCCACGAUGGAGCGCGCGGGAGACGAGGCCUUCGAGUGUGAAGUGUGCGGCAAGGCGUUCUCGGACGGCGGCCUACUUCGCCGUCACCUCCGAACACACACGGGAGAGAAGCCCUUCGAGUGUCCAGUGUGCGGCAAGAAAUUUGCGCAGAAGGGUAACGUUCAGACUCACCUUCGUAUACACACAGGGGAGAAGCCCUUCGAGUGCUCAGUUUGCGAUAAGAAGUUCACGCAAAGCGGAGAUCUGCAAAAACAUGUCCGGAUCCACACGGGAGAGAAGCCAUUCGAGUGUACCGAGUGCGACAAGACGUUUGCGGAGAGCGCUUCACUUCGAAUACAUCUCAGAACGCACACGGGCGAGAAGCCAUUCGAGUGUAACUUGUGCGAAAAGAAAUUCGCGACGAGUGGUGCCCUGCAUUCGCAUGUGCGGGUGCACACGGGAGAAAAGCCACACCAGUGCAAAGUUUGCGAAAAGAAAUUUGCCCAAUCUACAAAUUUAAAAAGUCAUGUUCGCUACCACACAGGAGAGAAGCCUUUUGAAUGCAGUCUGUGCAAUAAGAAAUUUAGAACAAGUGAAAAAUUGCGACUUCAUCUGCGGACCCACACAGGCGAGAAGUCCUUCGAGUGUGCCGACUGCAACAAGACAUUUUCGUGCAGGUCAGCUUUGCGUUCACAUAGCCGCAUCCACACAGGGGAGAAGCGCUAUAAUUGUAAAGUGUGCAGUAAAGCAUUUGCGCGCAGUUCAAAUUUGCAGUCGCAUAGUCGAACGCACACCGGAGAGAAGCCAUAUGCGUGUACUUUGUGCGAAAGGAAAUUUUCGCGAAGUGAGCAUCUCCAAGUGCAUUAUCGAACUCACACUGGAGAGAGGCCCUUCGAAUGCACUGUUUGCGGCAAGAAAUUUGCCACAGAUGCCACUCUUCGAAUUCAUCUUAAGUCACACACGGGAGAGAAGCCUUUCGAGUGUACGUUCUGUGACAAGAAGUUUGCGUAUCCUGGCAGUCUGCGUGCUCACCUUCGUGUGCACACGGGAGAACAGCAUUACAAAUAUGAAUGCUCUGUAUUUCGUACACACAUCCGCACCCACACAGGAGAGAAGCCAUUCGAAUGCGGUGUGUGCAAAAAGACAUUUUCUGAGAAAGUCAAACUGAAAGUUCAUCUCCGAACCCACACUGGGGAGAAGCCGUUCGAGUGUGUCGUGUGCAACAAGAAGUUUUCACAAAGCAGUCAUUUGCGCACACAUCAGCGAACGCACACGGGAGAGAGGCCUUACGAGUGCACCGAGUGCGACAAAAAGUGUUCGGCGCCUGGCGCUCUAGCUGUGCACCUCCGCACCCACACCGGAGAAAAGCCCUUCGAGUGCGCCGUGUGCAGCAAGAGAUUCAGGCAACAGUCGCAUCACGACAUGCAUCUCCAGACCCACACCGGAGAGAGGAAGUAUGAGUGCACGGAGUGCGACAGGAAGUGUUUGCACGCUGGCGAUCUGCGGGCACAUCUGCGCACUCACACGGGAGAGAAGCCUUUCGAGUGCGCCGUGUGCAGCAAGAAGUUUGCACAGAGUGAUGGGCUGAGGCGGCAUCUUCGCAGCCACACGGGGGAGAAGCCGUACAAGUGCACCGAGUGCGGCAAAACAUUCGCGGACCCGAGCAACAUGAUGGUCCACCUUCGGAGGCAUUCGUUAUAGCUAUCCGGCUGUGGUUCGUGGCGCGCUCUAAAAUGUGUCUAUAUUUAUAUCUAUUUUUAGCAGUGUUUAUUGUACGAUUAAAUUGUAUUUAGAAUUUUUGAAUGAUUAAACUUCUAACUCAACUAA